UCACAAUUACAUUUCUCUCUCUCUCUCUCUCUCUCUCUCUCUCUCUCUCUACUCCGUCAUUUUAAACUUCCAAAUCCUCUCUCUCUCGGCAGAGGGCGUAUCACCAUCACAGAUCUCUCAUCUCAACGGCGACGCUUUUCCGCCGGGAACCUAUCGGAUCCACUUGAUCGCGCUGUUAUCUGUCGCCGGCGCUGAUUUCUUACUUCGCACCGACCUCUCAGGAAAAUGGAGAAUCUAAUUUCUCUGGUCAACAAAAUACAGAGAGCAUGUACAGCGCUUGGUGACCAUGGAGAUACAAGUGCAUUGCCUACUCUUUGGGACUCCUUGCCCGCGAUCGCCGUCGUCGGUGGUCAGAGUUCAGGGAAGUCGUCGGUGCUGGAGAGCAUUGUGGGCAAGGACUUCUUGCCCCGAGGAUCUGGGAUUGUUACUCGUCGUCCCCUUGUCCUGCAGCUGCAUAAGAGUGAGGAAGGCAGCAGAGAAUACGCAGAGUUUCUUCACCUUCCGAGAAAACGAUUCACCGAUUUCUCUGCUGUGCGGAAGGAGAUUCAAGAUGAGACUGACCGAGAAACUGGCCGCACCAAACAAAUUUCUAGUGUUCCAAUUCAUCUCAGUAUAUAUUCUCCUAAUGUUGUCAACUUGACACUUAUCGAUCUUCCUGGGCUUACAAAAGUAGCAGUUGAGGGUCAACCAGACAGUAUUGUGCAGGAUAUUGAAAAUAUGGUCCGGUCCUACAUUGAAAAGCCCAACUGUAUUAUUUUGGCAAUUUCACCAGCCAACCAAGAUCUUGCUACGUCAGAUGCAAUUAAAAUUUCGCGUGAGGUGGAUCCUACAGGGGAGAGGACACUUGGAGUCUUGACGAAGAUUGAUCUUAUGGACAAGGGAACUGAUGCAGUCGAUAUACUGGAAGGGAAAGCUUACCGACUAAAAUUUCCUUGGGUUGGUGUCGUGAAUCGUUCACAAGCAGAUAUCAACAAGAAUGUUGAUAUGAUUGCUGCUCGACGUCGAGAGAGAGAGUACUUUGCUAAUACCCCAGAAUAUAAGCACCUUGCUCAUAGAAUGGGCUCUGAGCAUCUAGCAAAAGUGCUUUCAAAGCAUUUGGAAACUGUAAUCAAGUCCAGAAUCCCUGGCAUCCAAUCCCUUAUUAAUAAAACAAUUAUAGAACUUGAAACUGAAUUGAGUCGCCUUGGAAAGCCUAUUGCAGCUGAUGCUGGGGGGAAAUUGUACUCAAUCAUGGAGAUUUGUCGUCUUUUUGAUCAGAUAUAUAAGGAGCAUCUUGAUGGAGUGCGCCCUGGUGGUGAUAAAAUUUACAAUGUUUUCGAUAACCAACUUCCUGCUGCGCUUAAAAGGUUGCAAUUUGACAAGCAACUCUCCAUGGAAAAUAUUCGGAAGCUCAUCACUGAAGCUGAUGGAUAUCAGCCUCAUUUAAUAGCUCCUGAGCAAGGAUACCGACGCCUGAUUGAAUCUUCUUUGAUCACUAUCAGAGGUCCUGCUGAGGCAGCUGUAGAUGCGGUUCAUGCAAUACUGAAGGAUCUCAUCCACAAAGCUAUCAGCGAGACUCCAGAGCUAAAGCAGUACCCUGCUCUUCGAGUGGAGGUUACAAAUGCAGCUUGUGAUUCACUUGAAAGAAUGCGGGAAGAAAGCAAAAAGGCAACACUUAAGCUGGUUGACAUGGAGUGUAGCUAUCUGACUGUCGAUUUCUUCCGGAAGCUUCCACAAGAUGUGGACAAGGGUGGCAACCCAACACAUUCAAUUUUUGAUAGAUACAAUGAUUCUUAUCUGAGGCGAAUUGGAACAACCGUAUUGUCUUAUGUCAAUAUGGUCUGUGCAAGUCUUCGCAACUCCAUUCCCAAGUCUGUGGUUUACUGUCAAGUUCGGGAGGCAAAACGAAGCUUACUCGAUCAUUUCUUCACUGAGUUGGGCAAACUGGAUCAAAAGCGUUUGUCAGCCUUGUUGAAUGAAGAUCCUGCAAUCAUGGAGCGACGGAGUGCCCUUGCAAAGAGGCUCGAGUUAUACAGGAGUGCACAGGCAGAAAUUGAUUCAGUGGCUUGGUCUAAGUAGAUAUACUAUAUUUUCAAUCAACUUUUUUUUCAUGCAGAAAUGUGUCAAUUCUUUGAUUUAUACGGAGGAGGAAGGAGACUGUAUUUUGUAGUAGUAAUACACAUCCAACGUCUGUUAUCAAUAUCUCUUAAUUUGUCACCGUUGCUACAAACGUAAAAUAUACAGGCUUUUCCAGAGAUCGUAACGAUACCUGUUAUCAGUAUCUCUUAAUCUGUUAUCAAUGCUCCUUAUAAGU